AUGAAUUCAGACUCCAGCCCGAGCAGCAGAGCCUCUUCCCCGGACAUGGACGGCAUGUCUCUCCGUGACCACCACCAUCCUCAUCACCACCACCACCACAGCCACCACGUCGGAUCCUCCGUGUCUUCCUCCACGCAGAGCGGCGAUCAGCACCGCCAGAAGAUGACCGGAGGAGAGCACGUCCUGCGCUCUGGAGACAGCAAGUCCUCGUCCGUGGAGAGCAGCAAGUACAAAUUGAAGAAACAAGUCACCGAGGAGGAAAUGUACCACCUCCGGCUCAAGAUCAACGGCCGGGAGCGAAAGCGCAUGCACGACCUCAACCUGGCCAUGGACGGCCUGCGCGAGGUGAUGCCCUACGCGCACGGGCCCUCGGUAAGGAAGUUGUCAAAGAUCGCCACGCUGCUUCUGGCCAGGAACUACAUCCUGAUGCUCACGAGCUCCUUGGAUGAGAUGAAGCGGCUGGUUGGGGAGAUAUACGGCGGACAGCACUCGGCUUUCCACUGCGGCACCGUGACUCACGCCACGGCCGGCCCCGGAGGGCACUCCGGCGGUCCUGCUGCGGCUGCAGCCGCCGCAGCCGCCGCCGCCGCGCACCAGGUACACCCCCUCCUCGGCAGCGCGUUAACCUCUUCCACAUCAUCCACCCUCACGAGCGCGCUGCCGGGACUCACGUCGAUCCGGGCACCCCACUCCCUGAUGAAGGGCUCCCCUGCUGCGCCCCCGGCCCUGCAGCUGGGCUCCGGCUUCCAGCACUGGGCCGGACUGCCGUGUCCCUGCACCAUCUGUCAGGUGCCCCCGCCUCCGCAUAUCCCCAUCACCUCCACCGGCCUCACGAGACUCACUGGGGAUGGCAAGGACGGGCUGAAAUGA